AUGGAGAGCAGGCUGCACCUCGUCCUGCUGGCAGGCCUCCUGCUACCUGGUGCAAGUGGUAAGCACCCCCUUUUGACCAACCGGCUGCCGAGGGCGCGGCUGCAGAUGUGCCUCCCCACCCCCACCCCGGAGUUCCCACUGGAUGCGCUGGAAUCUCUCUGGGAGUAUCGGGUGCCCCUUUUCCCCUGUCACAGGCUGUUUUUCAUUAAUCAGGAAUUGGCCAACAAUGUCCUGCAAAGAGUCAGGAGAGCAAAUUCAUUUUUUGAAGAGAUGAAGAAAGGAAACCUUGAAAGAGAGUGUGUGGAAGAAUCUUGCGAAUACGAAGAGGCCCGAGAAGUCUUCGAAGAUGACGACCAAACGAAAGAAUUCUGGAAUAAAUACAAAGAUGGGGACCAGUGUGAAAGCAGUCCUUGUCAAAAUCAGGGCAAAUGUAAAGAUGGCCUUGAGCAAUACACCUGCACCUGCUUGGACGGAUAUGAGGGCAAAAACUGUGAAAUAUCCUUACGGAAAUCCUGCAGCCUGGACAACGGAGACUGUGAGCAGUUCUGCAGUGAAGAGCAGAAUGAUGUGAUAUGUUCCUGUGCCAAGGGGUAUACCCUGGGUGACAAUGGCAAGUCCUGCGUCUCCAAAGAGCCUUUCCCUUGUGGAAAACGCACAAUAGGACGAAAGAAGAGGUCUUUAUCCCAGGUCGACAACAGUGGAAGUUUCCCUGUGAACUCCACCCUGGAUGACUAUGGUCCUACAGAAGAGCCUUCUGACCUGCUCUCCUCCAAUCAGACAGAAGACGAAUCUAGAGAUCUCAUACGUAUAGUGGGAGGAGAGGAAUGCAAACAGGGGGAGUGUCCCUGGCAGGCUUUACUCGUAAAUGAGGACAAUGAAGGUUUCUGUGGAGGCACCAUUCUGAGCGAGUACUACAUCCUCACUGCGGCGCACUGUCUCCACCAAGCCAAAAGAUUCAAAGUGAGAGUAGGUGAUCGGAACACUGCGAAGGAAGAAGGUAAUGAAAGAGAACACGAAGUGGAACUGAUAAUAAAGCACAACAAAUUUGUUCUUGACACCUAUGACUAUGACAUCGCUGUCCUAAGAUUGAAGACACCCAUCACAUUCCGGAUGAACGUGGCUCCUGCCUGCUUACCCGAGAAGAACUGGGCGGAAUCAACGCUGAUGACUCAGAAAACGGGAAUUAUCAGCGGGUUUGGGCGGACCCAUGAGAAGGGCCGAAUGUCUACCACCCUCAAAAUGCUGGAAGUGCCCUAUGUGGACCGAAACACGUGCAAACUGUCAAGUAGUUUUGCAAUCACUCAAAAUAUGUUCUGUGCAGGCUACGACUCGAAAACUGAAGACGCCUGUCAGGGAGACAGCGGGGGUCCCCAUGUCACUCGAUUCAAAGACACCUAUUUUAUUACUGGCAUUGUUAGCUGGGGAGAAGGAUGUGCGAGGAAAGGAAAAUAUGGAAUCUAUACAAAAGUCACCUCCUUUCUCAAGUGGAUAGAUCGGUCAAUGAAAACCAGGCCGGGAGUCCAACGGAGGCCUCUAGCCGUCUGA